CCCACACCCACACCCACACCCACACCCACACCCACACCCACACCCACACCCACACCCACACCCACACCCACACCCACACCCUCAUUUUAUAUCAUGAAAUAUUUGUAACUUAAAGUUGUUGUAAGUCAGAACGUUUUUUCAUCGAAUACGUCUUGAAUACAUUAUGUGUGGUGUUUGCUAAGAUAUUGAUGCUUGUUUUUUGUGAUUUACUGAUUAUUUUUAAUUCAGAUUUGUCUUCUGAGCUAGUAUAUAUAAUUAGUGUCGUUCACCAGUUAUUUUUGUACUUUAAAUAUACCAAAUGUAAAAGAUUCAUUAGUGAAAGAAUUGACAGAAUAAACUAUUUCGAUCUUAACAUCAGGAAGAAUUUGGCACAGUAGCCGUGUAUACUAACCAAAACUCAAUUUGUUUUAUGAUGUUUCUUUGAAAUCAUCUGUAACAUGUGGGUGUAACCAAAUUGAUAACCUUUUAAAUUGAAGAUGAUUCGAAACUGCUUUCAAGAAAAUUUCUUGAAACAAGCUAAUUUUGCAUGGGCAAGCAUGAAUAUUAGUCUAAAUAUUUGUUUUAGCGAGGUUCAAAUAAUUUAUAGCAAAACUUUCAUGAUUUUCUAAUUCUGAAAGAAAACAUUCGACUACGUAGCAGCUAUGAAAUUUGUUUCAAUAUUUUUUUUCUUACAGUGAGUUUUGUUUAAUUCUUUGUCACAGGAAUAUACUACAUCGUUUUUAUUGUUUUUAUUUUUGACACUUUUAUUUUCAUUUGAAAUAAAACAAAUGGAUGCAUUUGAUGAACAUGAAUAAAAUAUUUGCGAUUGCGAUGUAUGAAAAAAUUAAAAAAGCUUCGUAUCUUAUCUUAUCACAUAAAAGAGUGGAAAAAAAUAAUCAAAUAUUUGAUGACAUGUGGAGAGUUUGAACACAAUAUAUUCGUUCUUUUCAAGGGGAACAUGUUAAAACCACCUGUAACCUAUUGCAAAAUGUUCUGUUACUACCCAUUAUUCUAUUUUAGCCCCCUUCAUUACUAGGAGAACAACCUUCUCAGUGAUGAACAUCAAAAAAUAAAAAGAAUUUCUCCCAAACCAGAUUAGUGUUAAAUUGUUUCUUAUCUUAUGCUAAUUUAGGAUAAAUUAGAAUUACAGUACAACCUCCCUUAAUGAACACCUCUAUAUAAUGAAGACCUCCCAAUUCUGAACAAUGAACACUUUUUUUGGUCCCUUUAGCAAAGAAAACCUCUAUAUAAUGAACACGCGUUUAACAAAUCAUGCAUGUAUGUGUGAGAAAACAGGGAAAAACAAAACACAAUAUGCAUUCUAAAGAGGAGCUAGGUCAAUUCGUCGGCGGUAUAUUCAUCAUAGAAAAAAGAACAAAAAAAAUCAAUAGUCCGCGACACACUGUUCUGAGAUGGAUUGACCGUUCACCAGGAACCUAACAAUGCAUUUGUUUAUUUUCAAUGAAGAGAUGGUGACGAAGCGUCCAUUGAUCCUUUUAGAAGAAAUUGCACAGCUAAUCUUGCAAUGCACUCAACUCUACAUCGACGCGAAAGAGCCCAAAUAGACGACGAUGGAGUAUUAUUCUCAACAAAGAUAGCACAAAAAGUCAUGCACUAGAUGAAAGAUUUGGUUUCGUUCUUUGACUCAUCUGCAGUGAACUUCACAUGAAUUGUGUAGUCAUUGAAAUAGUCCUACUGAUCAUUGUAUGCAUGCAACAGUUCAAUCUAUGCACAACCUCUAUAAGAUGAACAUCUCUCAUAAUGAACACUUUUCGGAAGGUCCCAAUGGCGUUCAUCUUAUAGAGGUUUUACUGUAUUUUAUUUUUUUCAUUGCCCGAAUUUUAUCUAUAGAUGUCGAUAGUGAGAAAUACAUCUGCUAUUGAUAGGUUGAAUGAAGCGACUAUUGUCUGAUAGACAGUAUAUGUCAAAUAGACCGAUUUCAAGUUCAUUAUUGAUAGCACUUCGUUCGUUCAUGUACUCACCUUUUUUUUUUUAGCUUGACUGAUGGAUAUUCAUGUGUACGUUUCUGAUCCAGAAACCACUGUAUUUAUUGAUUUUGCUGCAUUUUUUUUAUUUCUUCAUUGCAGAUUUAUAUAAAUAAUGACACACCAAAGGUUUGUUGCUACAAGUAACAAAUAUCCGACUUUGAUCGGUACAGAAUUUGACACAUCCAAAGGUGUUUAUAUUUUAAUUAAAAUUGGAGAAGUUGUAGCUCAAGACAAUAGCAGUUUUAAGUUGGUGUCCAUGAUUCCUGAUCAAAAAACAAAUGUAACAGAUGAAUUUCAAAUUGCUAAUCUAUUGUUAGUUCCGAAUGAUCGAUAUUUCAUUCAACAUUUGCAUUGUAUUAGCAAUGGUUAUGGUUUGAUGACUCCCAAUUGAAACUCACAUUUUGGAAUCAAAACGCAAUCGAAAAUCAAAUUGAUUGUCCAUUUUUAAUAGACACAGGAGCGACAAUUUCUUGUAUACCAGAAGUUAUGAAUCCAUUUCCUAUUGAUGCAACUUCUAUUGAUAUAGAAACAGGUGCUGGAAUAAAACGACAAAAAUUAACUAAAGUUCAAAUCGUUAUUGAUGAACACAUAUACAAUAUUAUGGCGUGUAUUAAUUAA